GAGAGAUGAUAUGUUCAUCCAACUUAAUCUGAUAUACAAGUGCAGAAUGAUCUGCAGUGUUGUUGAUGAUUAAUUGAUUGAAGAUAUAUGGAGAAAAGACUGAAAGAAGUGAAAUAUUAGUGGAAAGGGAAAACUAAAGGGAACCAAUAGUAUACGUAACAUAAAAAAAGAAACCUUGGCAAAAACAUUAACGCCCGAAAGAGCAACUCUGUAUGUAUUAUUUAUUAAUGGAGGGAUGGGUGGUCCCCACCCAACGUAAGAGGUGUGGAUUCUUGAACAUGCAUGUCUGUCGACCAUUAGCAGCCGUAUGUGCAUAGCUUUUCUGAAGCAAAGAAAGGGCGCGCGGGGUGUUUAAGGAAAUCUUGAGAAAUCAAUUUAGAGCUCAGACCGAGACAUUCACGCAGAAGACAGCAAUGGGGAAAUGGCUGUAUUGUAUGAAUCUUGGGAGGAACCAAAUUGGAAGUUUGGGUUUGCUUUUGCUUACCCAACAUUACGACCAAUCAGUAGAAAACUGGUCGUUGAAUGGAUGACUCCACGUAUUUUAGACGUGCAGAAAUGUUUAUAAUUCUUAAAAAAAAGGAAGAAGAAAGGAACCGUGUUGAAAAAAUUGGAAGUGAAAACAAAGCAUUACUUGUUUGUAUUCGGAGGGAGCACCCAGCCAAUGGUCAUAAUCAUGGUACAGCAACUAGUAUUUCAUCCUCAACGAACAUACCAGACAAGGAUUGUUAUCAUCUCUUCUAUACGACACCGUUUCGUCAAUGGCGGGCCAAUCAGACACCCUUCCCUUCCAACCAAUAAAAAAUAAACAAUAAUUUUGAAAGAAACGGGAAAAUACGAGUGAAAAAAGAAAAAGAAAAGCACAGAAAGAAAGAGAAAGGUGGUUGAUUGAUCGCUCCUUUUCUCAUUUCAAUUAUCUAUUCCAUGAUAUCGAUAUCAUCAACUUCAGCUUCCAAUUCUUCAAUUUCUUUCUUUCGUUAAAUUUUGUUAUUGUUAUUGUUAUUAUAUAUAAAGAAAGAAAAGGCAAAUAGAAAGAGCACAAUCUGAGGGAUGGGAUGGAUUCCCUGUUCGGGUAUAUCAAGAGCCAACAGCACCACCAAGAACAAGAAGAAAGUGAUUAUCAUCAAUCACAACUCUGUUGAUCAGACCAAACCCACUUCAGAGAAAUUGAGGAGUCAUUCCCGUACAAGUGUUAAGGCGGCUCCCAAGCACGGAGGUUCAGAUAAUAUUACAGCCCAGACAUUUACCUUCAGUGAAUUGGUAACCGCAGCUAAAAACUUCAGAGCAGAAUGCUUUUUGGGUGAGGGAGGAUUCGGAAGGGUGUAUAAAGGAUAUUUAGAAAGCACUAAUCAGGUUGUAGCUAUCAAGCAGCUUAAUCGUAAUGGUCUACAAGGGAACAGGGAAUUCCUAGUUGAAGUGUUGAUGUUAAGUCUACUUCAUCACCCUAACCUCGUUAAUCUCAUUGGUUAUUGUGCUGAUGGAGAUCAGAGGCUUCUGGUUUACGAAUACAUGCCUCUAGGGUCUUUGGAGGACCAUUUAUAUGGUGUCAAAACGCUUGAUUGGAAUACUAGAAUGAAAAUCGCAGCUGGGGCAGCAAAGGGAUUGGAGUAUUUGCAUGAUAAAGCUAACCCCCCUGUCAUAUACCGAGAUUUAAAGUGCUCCAACAUUUUGCUUGGUCAAGGAUAUCACCCCAAGCUAUCUGAUUUUGGCUUGGCUAAACUUGGACCUGUCGGAGAUAACACCCAUGUAUCCACUAGGGUUAUGGGCACCUAUGGAUACUGUGCUCCAGAAUAUGCAAUGACAGGUCAGCUGACUCUCAAGUCGGAUGUUUAUAGCUUGGGGGUUGUUCUUCUAGAAAUAAUUACUGGACGGAGAGCAAUUGACAAUUCAAAAGCUACAGGGGAGCAGAAUUUGGUUGCGUGGGCAAGACCCUUGUUCAAAGAUCGAAAAAAAUUCAAACUGAUGGCUGAUCCGAUGCUUCAAGGUCAGUAUCCUCCGAGGGGUUUGUACCAAGCUCUCGCCAUUGCAGCAAUGUGUGUGCAGGAGCAGCCUAAUCUGAGACCAGUCAUAGCAGAUGUUGUUACGGCUUUGAGUUACCUUGCUUCGCAAAAAUAUGACCCUGAAGUGCAAACAGCCCAAAGCCCCCGUUGGACCCCCGGCACUCCUAGAACAAAGAGGGAAGCUAAGCGCAGUAGUAGCUGGAUCUGAGAGAUUGAACAAUGAUUAAAUUAAGAAUAUUAGCUGGGAUUCCUAGUGCUUGAUAUGGGAUCAAUCAUCAACCACAUCUUGUUUGUGCCUUUGAUAUCAAAUUUUGUGGCGUUCCAGAUAUUCAGUAUUUUCCUGGAAUAUACUUUAAACCUGAGAGGUUGGUUGUGAUUUAUUUUCUUUACUACUACUGGGAGCUUGGGCUCACUCAUGCUGUUAUUUGUAUAAAAUUCAACUGCUUGCUUGUAGAAACACUGAUAAAUUCAAUGGAUGUUUAAUAGAGAUGGCAAUUGUCCCUCUGUAUUUUCAAAUA